AUGAUGGUUGUCUGGAGGAAAAGGUCCACAGAAGAGCAGUUUGAGAACUACUUCUGAGCAGCAGUUCUGCUCUUGCUCUGUUGUUGCCUCUUCUUGUGUGUAAUUAGGGUCAAGCUCCAGUGCACAACCGUGUCUCCUGCUGAGCCUUCCACGCACACACAGGCUCUUGGUGCACCAUGGUGGAUGUGAUACGGAAAAUAUCCAUUUCCAAGCCACCUGCAUCUUUGGACAUGUACAAGAGCUCGUACAUGAUGGACUACAGACCGUACAAUGACCACAAACCACCCAUUGAGAAUCAUACACAGAUGAUUAAGUUAGCAGAAGCCCAGCUAAAGGCCAAAGAGUUGGCACGGCCUUCCAAGUCCCAGCUUCCAAUGAUGUAUAAGGAAGAUCCCAUCAGCCAGAGAAAAGAAACUGCAGAAGGACCACGCACUCAAGCAGCUGUUCGCUCUGAUGGCAAAUUGGAGAUGGGUCACACAGACUGCUCAUUUGGUCCUGAAUCGUUCCAAGAGGUCCAGGAAGAGCAGAGGAAGUAUUUUAAUACAGUCCUUCCAAAUGCUGAAUGCUACCUCUCUAAAUGUUAUCCCCAUCCUGAGCAAACUGCAGCCCACGAGGACAAAAUGGAGAGAACACAAAUGCCCACCAUGCCAGAAAGAGAGGCUUCUUCUCCUUCACCAUUUUAUCCCCAGCCUCCUGUAACAACUGAGCAAGGUCCAGGAAAAGAUGAUCAGGAAGGGCCAGAGUUUUCCAAGCGAAGACAAAGUCAGACCUGGGACAGCUAUCAGCAAUUUAUCCUGGAGACGUGCAGAGCAAGGCAAACAAAAGCUCAGCAGAACAGGAGCAUGGUCUUGGGGUCUUCUGUGUUUGGGAAAGAUGGCAGCAAUUCGGAUGGGGCAAGCACCUACAACACAGAUUACAAAUGCUGGUCCGGAGUCCACAACGGACGCUGCAAAGCGCAGAGGAAUUUCUCUAAAAUUGUCUUGGAAGAUGGCCACUUUAACCAGAGCCCCUGGGUUUCAGAAUACAAGGACAGCUACAGUAUUUUCUUGCAGAAGCUGAACUGGCCGUCUCACCACGCCAUGUCAGCUCUGUGCUCUGCCGUAAAGCCCAUCACACAUCUGUCCCAUGGGCUGGCUUCCCACAAGCCCAUUCCAGUGAAUACAGUCUUCUGAGCCUUGCCAUAAAGGCCGUGCUCUGGGAUCUCUCCAAGAUGUCAGCCAUGAUAAUAUCUGAGCAAGACUGUAGAGACCUGGAAGAUCCUUUGUUCCAUAUUUACUGUUGUGUUUAUAGAAUAUUUUUGAAGUAAUUAACAUAGGUCUUUUUUUUUUUUACAUACAAAUUUUUAUUAAAAGAAAACUAGAACUCUGGUUUCAUUGUAUAUGAAGAAUUCUCUUGAGUAUAGUGCGGUAUGUUUAGCUAAAGAAAUAUUCAGGAUGCUUCAAUUAGUUGUGUUAUAAAUAAAAUUUGGCAAUAAAAUUUAUUUUCCAACAAGCAGUA